AUGCGGAACCGACCCUAUCCAGUGGAGCCGCGGGACCACCUCGGCUACUCUAACGACUACCGGCCCGACGUCUCGGUGGCGGGCGCCGGCCGCUCGCGCUCGCGCCUCAUCGGCGACGUCAAGUUCAAGGACUCGCUCUCCUCCAACCCGGAGGACGUCGGCCAGCGAGGCGCUUUCGUCGGCCUCGGCAACACCGAGCCCGGCACGAGCGCGGACAUCUUCGGCCUCGAGCAGCGCGGCGCUGUCGGGGACGGCGACUUCAGGCCGAGCGACGGCGGCGGCUAUGUGGCGUACAAGAAGGCGGACUACGCGCACGCCCUCUCGCGCUCGGACACCGACGUGCAGAUGUACCUGUUUGAAACCUUCGGCGGGUGGUGCAACGCGGUCAAACGGCUGUUCUACCAGAUGAAGGACAAGGUGCGCAACAAGCUCUCGAAGCGGCAGCACGAGGACGAGGCGAGCUGGUCGACGCGGUCGUGGCUUUCGCUGCAGGCCCAGCGCAUGUCAGUCGCGCUGCAGCUCGCGGCGGCGGAAGAGAUUGCGACCGAGCUCAGGCUCGCCGCGGCCGGCAACACCAAUCCUCGCUACCCAACGCGGCCAAAGGAUAUCCACCUCGAGAACCUCGAGACCCCCUCCCCGAAAAAAUCCGCGUUGCGCUUGUGGGCCGCCCUCGCCCCGGAGCCCGAGGCGACCUCGCUCGCAGGCCGACAGCGACAUCCCUCUCACGCACACCAGGCGCACCCGCUCUACAGGCCGUCUGUGACGUGA